AUGAACGAGGCAAUUCCCAACCUUCCCAAGCUGGAGAUCGAGCUGAUAAGUGUGAUGGCGGAAAUCGGCAUCGGUUCCUGGGAAAGGAGCAACUCGGACGUGGUCGAGGAGAACGAGGAGGACAAGAACCUCAUCCUCACGAUCAUCAGCGCUGUGCUCUUCUUUGUUCCCAUCGUCGGCGAGUUCUCGGCGGCUGCCGUGGGCCUGCCUGCACCCUUGGCCAUUGCCAGCAUAAUGCUCGGCGGGAAGAUCAGGACGCCCAAAGAGUACGGCCUCGCAGCAGGGCUUAGGCGCGGCUUGACCUCGUCUGUGAAAGAAGGCAUGGGCGAUGUUUGCAAGAAGAAUGAUCAGUCGUUGACCAACAUUGUCAGGGUCUGCCGGUGGUAG